UACAUUUAUAUUCUUUCUUUCUUUGGUAGAGAUAAAAAAAGUUGUCUCUCACAUUUGCAAAUUUAUAUAAUUAAAUUCUUUUAUUUAAUUAAUCAAUCAAUAGUAAAUGGUUUUAGUUGGAAGGAGAAAGAGAAGUGGUGAAGAAGGAAUGCAAUUGCAAAUAGGGAAAUACGAGAUCGGAAGAACACUUGGUGAAGGCAAUUUUGGGAAAGUUAAAUACGCAAAAGACGUACAAACUGGACAUCCUUUUGCUGUUAAGAUUCUUGAAAAAACCAGAAUAAAAAAUCUUAAUUUCUCUGAUCAGAUAAAAAGGGAGAUUGCUACAUUGAAGAUCUUAAAACAUCCAAAUGUGGUUAGAUUACAUGAGGUUUUGGCUAGCAAAACAAAGAUUUAUAUGAUUCUUGAAUACGUCAAUGGUGGUGAAUUAUUUGAAACAAUUGCAUCAAAAGGUAAAUUACCGGAAUCAGAUGGUAGAAAGUUGUUCCAACAAUUGAUCGAUGGGGUCAGUUAUUGUCAUGACAAAGGUGUGUAUCACCGAGACCUCAAGUUAGAAAAUGUUCUUGUAGAUGCUAAAGGUGGCAUCAAAAUAUCGGACUUUGGCCUCAGUGCACUGCCCCAACAUUUAAGGGAUGAUGGACUAUUGCAUACAACGUGUGGGAGUCCUAACUAUGUUGCUCCUGAGAUCCUAAAUAAUCGAGGGUAUGAUGGUGCCACGUCGGAUACAUGGUCGUGUGGUGUCAUUUUAUAUGUUAUCCUUACGGGGUAUCUACCAUUUGAUGAUAGAAAUCUUGCAGUUCUUUAUCAGAAGAUUUUUAAAGGGGAUGUACAGAUGCCAAAAUGGUUGCCUUCGGGCGCAAAGAAUUUGAUUAAGAGAAUUCUUGAUCCCAAUCCUAAAACAAGGAUAACAAUGGCAGAGAUCAAAGUAGAUGAAUGGUUUAAUCAGGAUUAUACUCCUGCAGUCUUUUAUGAAGAGGAUGACGAUGUACAUAUUGAUGAUGAAGUCAUAUCAUUACCCGAGGCUCCAACGGAUUCAGAAAAAGUUCCGGAAUCACCUACCCACAUUAAUGCCUUUGAACUCAUUGGAAUGUCAUCCUGUUUGGAUCUUUCCGGAUUCUUUGAGAAAGAAGAUGUAUCAGAGCGAAAGGUGAGGUUUACAUCCACUUGUUCUCCAAGAAAAUUGCUAGAAAGAAUAGCAGAUACAGCAUCACAGAUGGGAUUUGGAGUUCAAAAGAAAAAUGGAAAGUUGAAAAUGCUACAAGAUUGCAAAGGGCAAAGGAAGACAUGUAAUUUAUCCAUUAUAGCAGAAGUGUUUGAAAUAAACACGUCAUUAUACGUAGUUGAGUUAAGAAAAACCAGCGGCGAGUGUAGUGUAUAUAGACAGUUGUGUGACAAGGUAUUGAAAGAUUUAGAGGUGUCGCGCAGUCAAGAGAAUUUGGCAGCGAAGUUGCUUGAGGAAUCAUAGUUCGUGCAACACCCUCUUGGAAUUCUUGUUACAUAUGUAUAGGGAGAUAUAAAUCACAUCUGUAAGUUAUAUUCAAGGGAAAAGGUUAGCGAUAUCAGAAUAUUUCUUUGUUCAUUUUACGAUUUUCGAUCCGAUGCUUGUAGCACAAAGCCUACCAGAAAAUCCGCAUACAUAAUAGUCGAAGAAUCUUGGGUCUUCUGUGUAAGAUUGUUUGAAUAGAUCGAUAGAGUUUGCAAUAAACAUAUCAAAUAUAGUAUGUAUAAAUUUGUGUAUAAUUUUUGGAUUAAUGCGGAUUUACGAUUUUUAUCGAAA